CAGAAUGUCAGUGUCAAAUAUCUGUCAGUCGCGGAUUUAACAUAUUUUGUGCUUUUGUGCGCGGUAAAAAUCGGCAGUAAAUAAUACUACGUUUCUUUUAUUUUAUUACAUUAACUUCGAAUUGGAGAAUUUAACGAAAUAUCAUACAAUGGAUGAGAAUACUUGGCAAGAUAAUUACAAUACCUUAAAGGAAAUGGUGUUAGACGAGGGUAGAUUGGUUACUUAUGUUUCCAUUAGUAAAGAUUUGUGUGUACAUGUCAAUGAAAGCAAGCGUUUAUUAAACCAUAUAGUCGAACAUGUUAAGAAAACACACCCCGAUAUUGCGCUAAACGUUAAUUACAUUUUAUCAGGUCUGACAGAAGGUAACAAUGCCAUCACCACUGUUUGCUCAGAGACAGACUUUGCCUCUGUUAGACAGAAGUUGAAGACAGUAUUUUUUGAGCAUAUAUACAGUGUUGGAAAGGGUUCUCCAUCAGUUGAUAAUGUUGCUCUUAUGUGUGUCAAUAAGUUUGAAGAUUUUCCAUUGUGUACAGGAGUGAUUAAAAGCAAUGUGUGUGUUAAACAUUCCAAAGAUGAAAUUUGUAACUUUAAGUCUAAUAGCCAAGAGAUUGCAGUCCCCGACACUAGGGUUAUUAGUACACAAGCUAAAGUCAAAGCUAUCAAAAUGGAAAUAAGUAAAACUGCUAACAAUGAAGUUAAAAAUCAUGUCAAAGUUAGUGAAACUAAAGAAAUUAUUAAAUCUGAAGUUACACCACCUAAAAGUGAUAAAAAGGCUAGCAAAUCCAAUAAGGGCAUUGCAGGGUUCUUUAAUAAAACAAAUGGUGUCACUAAAAAGUCUAAUAAUAGUAAUAGCACUAGUUUAUUAUCAGUUGUAAAACAAGAAAAGGAGGAUAAACCUAUUGAAAUAAAGAAGCAAGAGAAACCUAUUGAAAUUAAAGUAGAGAAAAUGGAUGUAGAGAUGGAAGUUCCGGCCAAACAACCUGACAGCAAAAUAAAUCCAAGUACAGAUAGCAAAGCAAAGAACAAAAACCUGAACAACAUCAAGAAAAAUGCUAAAGUGGAUAAGAAACGAAAGAGAGUGCUACAUGUAUCUGAUAGUGAAAGUGAUGAUGAAAAGAAUGAUCCAUUUGCUGAUAGUACUCCCGUUGACAAUCAUGCUUUAGAAUCAGAUGAUGAAAUACCACCAACACCUACAGUAAAUGCUGUCAAAAUCACAUCUGGCAUAGUGAACCCAAGGAAGAGGAAGAGAAUUGUAGACAAAACAUAUACAGAUGAAGAUGGAUAUAUUUUAACUAAAAAGGAGGAAGUAUAUGAAAGUUGUUCUGACACAGAAUUUGAUGUUGAGACUAAAGAAAACAAAGGAAAUCAAGUUGAUGACUUACCAGCCAAAAAACCAAAGGUUGAGAUUUCACCAAGUAAGAAACAAAAUGGUACAAAAAAUGGCAAGAAGAAAGUGUCACCUCCUCAAAAAGGGAAACAAGCUACAUUGAUGAGCUUUUUCAAAAAAGCUUGAUUUGAAUAUUGUAAUGUAUUGCAGGUUCAAUUCGACACAGAUAGAAUAUCAUGUUUAUGUUUUAUUUAUACAAGUUGCUUUGUUUGAUGUAAUUAUUCUUUUAUUCAGGGACACUGUUAGGUAAAGGCAAAUAAAGUCUUCAUCUACUCACAA